GCGGGAAAGAAUGGCCAGCGGCGGUGGUGGGGAGGGAGGUCCUUUCCGUUUCCGCCCCGCCGUGAUCCGUUACCCGGCGGACCAUCCCUUCUUCGAGGAUGGCGACGUCCACCGGCAUAUGUACCUCCAAGGUCUCCUGGAAAACGUCACGAAGGACACGGAAAGACCCAGAACCUCUGAAUUUUCUUGCCAAAUUGAUGGCUGCUGCCAGGUUUUCAACACCUUGGAGAGCUAUGAACAUCAUUACAACAUGCUGCACAGGAAUGUGUGUUCUUCUUGCAAACGAGCCUUCCCUUCAACGCAUUUGUUGGAUGUUCACAUUUUGGAGUGGCAUGAUUCCCUCUUCCAGAUAAUGGCAGAGAAGCAGAAUAUGUACCAGUGCUUGGUGGAAAGCUGUCCAGAGAAAUUCAAGAGCAGCAAAGACCGCAAGGAUCACUUAAUCACAGUUCAUCAGUAUCCAUCUGAUUUUCGCUUUGAUAAAUCCCUGAAAGCGCAAAGGAAAGAGAAAGCGAGGCCUUCAUCAAAAGAAAGCAAUGUGCCCAUGGAUAUGGCUGUGGAAGAUUCAGAACAAUUACAUGUUGAGGCCAUGGAAAUAGGUCCAGAUGAGCAUAUAAUGGAAAGUGACUUUCAGUCUGAGACGGAGUCUACUGUCGACUCUCCAGCAGGUGGAAAAUGGCUCUAUAAAUCAAGAAUUCCACCCACUAUUUGUUUUGGGCAAGGGGCUACCCGUGUCUUCAAAGGCAGAAAAAAGAAAAGCUGAAUAUGACAGCCAGGAGGAAUUUCAUCAGCAGAAAAGUGCCUUAAAACUAGAGCAAAGCUCCGGCUUCAUUUACUAGGAAGUCAGGGAAAUGAACAGAGGCAAAGCUAGUUAAAUAUUGGAACUGGUUCCUGCCCUUCCCAAAUGGAGGUAUUUUAGUAGGAGCUGCAAAAUGCUACUUCUGACCUGGUUGUUGUAGUCCAACUCCAUUUAAAGUGUCAGAAAUAAAAGUAAAGGUUUCCCCUGUCCGGUCGUAUCCGACUUUGGGGUGUGUGUGCCCAUCUCCAUUUCCUAGCUGAGGGAGCAAGCAUUGUCCAAAGAUGAUUCCGCAGUCAUGCUUCACUUUGGUGCAUGCAACUUUGUUACCUUCCCACCAAAGUGAUACCUAUUUAUCUACUCACAUGUGCAUGCUUUUGAACAGCUAGGUUGGCAGGAACUAGGGGAAGAAUAACCACUAGACCACUAUCUCCCCUAUGUGUUAGAAAUAGCCCAGGUCUGUUUCUAGAACAUUUCAAAUGAUAGGGUGUGGAACUCUUAUAAUAAUAAAACAGCACCUGUGCUGUACAACUAUCCUGAUCUUUACACCAACAUUGUAAAGUAGGCUGCCGUGUUGCUAAAUAUCAGAUAAUAUCAGACAAUUCAAGAGAUACAGGUGCAUUGGGAGUUGUUGAGUUCAGAUUUAAUUCUGUUGUGCCUGAAUGGGUAUAAGCUUACUUUGAAAUGCUUCUAAGUAGUUAUUUUGCACUGUUUGUGAGAAUGACUUCUCGCUAUGCUGCUAUAAGGUGGUUUUUAAAAUUUAUUUUUUAUUUUAUUUAUUUAUUUAUAUACUGUCUUUAUGAUGUUCACAAACAACUCAAGAGGGCAAACGUAUCCAACCUGUGUUCUUCCUCACCCACCUACCCCCAACAACAGCUCUGUGAGGUGUAUUGGGCUGAGAGAGAUAACUGGCCCACGGUCCUCCAUCUGGCUACUGAUGCCAAUAUACUUCAGAAAUCCUUCAAAGCAGCAAUGGCUGACAAAUACAAAAAGUUGUUUGCCUGCCUGUGUCUGCAAUAUAGGUAGUCUUCAACUUACAACAGUUCAUUUAGUGACCUUUCAGUGGCUCUAAAAACAUGACUUACCGUAUU